AACCAUUUCUUUUUCCUUUUCUCCUUUCCCCUUCUGUAUACAAAAUCUCAGCUCAAACAUGGCUUCUUCAUUCCAUGCAGAAGCUUCUGACGUUGAGUCUGGCCGUGUCGAUUACGCUCAACGAGCGCAGUGGCUCCGAGCAGCCGUUCUCGGAGCCAACGACGGGCUGGUCUCUGUUGCGUCACUAAUGAUGGGCGUUGGAGCUGUGAAAUCCGACGCCAAAGCCAUGUUUAUUGCGGGCUUCGCAGGGCUUGUCGCUGGAGCUUGCAGCAUGGCGAUUGGAGAGUUCGUCUCUGUUUACACCCAAUAUGACAUACAGAAAGCUCAACUGAAGAGAGAUGCCACGAACCAAAAGAAUGUAAUGAAUGGCAACCACCAAGACGAAGAAGAAAAGUUGCCGAAUCCACUGCAGGCCGCGCUCGCAUCUGCGAUCGCGUUUUCAGUCGGAGCCAUCGUCCCUCUGCUAGCAGCAGUGUUUAUCCAUGACCACAAGGUCAGGCUUGGCGUAGUUGCAGCGGUGGCGAGCUUGACGCUGGCUGUUUUCGGAGUAGUUGGAGCGGUCUUGGGGAAGACUCCGGUGGGGAGAUCCACGGCGAGAGUGGUUGUUGGAGGCUGGAUGGCUAUGGCGAUCACGUUUGGUCUUACCAAGCUGAUUGGGUCCAAAGGACUCUGAGAGUUGAUGGCUGUGACUAUUAUGAUCUAUAUGUGUUGUCCUAAUAAUGUUGUUGUCUUCUUGCUUGUUAUGCUGUUUUUUUUCUAUGCAUGAGUUCAAAGGAGUUCCCAUUAUCAGUCUAAUUAAGAAAUAAAAGUAUGUUGGUCAAAGGCAAAAUGUAUGGUCUCUUUUUUUCUUCUUUUUUACAAGAAUAAACACUUGUGAACUUUGUUAUUUCAA